UUAUUUCUCUUUGACUAUGGCAGAUUUCGAAUCUGCAUCUAUCCCGGCGGUAUCCGGACGAGUUGUUAUUUAUGGUGGAAAGGGCGCAUUAGGCUCUGCCUGCGUCGAUACUUUUAUAUCGAAGAAUUGGUGGGUUGGAUCUAUCGAUACAAAACCUAAUUGUAAUGCCAAUGAAAAUAUUGUUGUUAAUAUUGAACAAAAUUGUGUUGAACAGGAACAAAUUAUUUUAGCUGAAUUAAAAGGAAUUCUUGGAGAUAAUAAACUUGAUGGAAUAAUUUGUGUUGCUGGUGGUUGGGCUGGUGGAGAUGCUGCUAAUAAGGAUUUCAUAAAAAACAGUGAUUUAAUGUGGAAGCAAAGUGUUUGGAGUUCAAUCAUAGCAGCAAAAAUUGCUUCACAAUAUUUGAAAGAAGGUGGAUUCCUUGCAUUAACUGGUGCUAAAGCUGCACUUGAAGGAACUCCAGGUAUGAUUGGCUAUGGAAUGGCUAAAGCAGCUGUUCAUCAUUUGACCAAAUCAUUAGCAACUGAAAAAGGUGGGCUUCCAGCAAAAUCCUUAGUUGCUUGUAUUUUACCAAGUGUAUUAGAUACAAAAAUGAAUCGCAAAUUGAUGCCAAAAGCAGAUGACAAAACUUGGACACCAUUAAAUUUUAUUUCAGAACUGUUUUGGAAAUGGACAAAAGUACAAGAAAGGCCCUUAAAUGGUAGUCUUUUACAUUUAGUAACUAAGGAUUAUAAAACAGAAGUUAUUCCAGUAUAAUUUAUAAGCGAAGGAUAUAUUAAAUAUUAAUAAUAAGAAAAACUCACUA